AUCGGAGAACUUCUUAAAGCGCAAAUAGUUUCAAAUACCCGUCUGUUGGGAAAAUCUGGAAAAACGUGUCAUUGGGAAUUGUCUGCCAGACCUUCACUCUUUGCAGGAACAAAGGAAGGAACACAGGCCCAAAUUGCUGAGGAUUUAGAAUAUUCUGUUGGCGGCAGUGUAAGAGGUUAUGUUGUUAAAGUCGACAGUGAAUGGGUUUGGAUAACAGUAUCGCGCAAUAUGAUGGCUCGUCUUUUUAUUCUUGAUAGUUCAUGUGAACCGACUGAACUAAAUGAUUUGCAGAAACGGUAUAGUGUUGGGCAAGCUGUGGAAGCUCGCAUUUUAAGUGUUGAUAAAGCGAAAAAGCUUUUGCGAUUAACAUUACGCCAAUCUUUAUUUGCUUAUAAUCAAGUGUUUAAUCACCAAAGCUGUGAGGAUGGUGAAGAAAAUAAACUUUCUGAUGUAAAUGGUACUGAGUGUAUAUUUCAAGGUGAUAUUGUUGGUGGUAGAAUUAAGAAAGUUAUGCCUGCUGUUGGGGGACUGCUUGUGCAGAUUGGGCAACAUUUACAUGGAAAAGUUCAUUACACUGAACUAGCAGACAUGUGGAUACUGCAUCCUUUGUCUGGUUAUCAAGAAGGUCAAUUUGUCAAAUGUAAGGUUCUUGAAAUAAGCCGUUCUUCUGGAGGACCAGUGCAUGUAGAUUUGUCAUUACGUGCUUCAUUACUGGCACAUGAAUCUAACAUUCCUCCAGCACCUAUGGAUUCUUGUAACAAGCGGUUUGAAAAAUUUGAUGAUCUUCAGCCUGAUAUGGAAGUGCAGGGUUAUGUCAAGAAUGUCACAGCAAAAGGAUGUUUUCUUAUGCUUUCUCGAGUGAUCGAUGCUAGAAUCCUCUUGUCAAACCUGUCUGAUGGGUUCGUAGUGAAUCCUGCUGCUGAGUUUCCAAUUGGAAAACUUGUAUGUGGGAAGGUUUUGUCAGUUGAUGCUUCAUCAAAGAGAGUUGAUGUGACCUUGAGGACAGAUACUUCGACUAAGAAGUCAAUAAUUGAUGUAACUGUUUUUAAUAAAUUACAUGUUGGGGAUGUUAUAUCUGGUCAGAUUAGGCGAAUUGAGCCAUAUGGACUAUUUAUUACGAUUUUGCCUACCAAUGUGGUUGGAUUGUGCCAUAUUUCGGAAUUUUCUGAUGAUCAUGUUGACAACAUCGACACUUACUAUAAAGCCGGUGAUAAAGUUGUUGCAAAGAUUUUGAAGGUUGAUGAGGAUAAACAAAGAGUUUCACUUGGAAUGAAGAAAUCUUAUCUUGGAGGUGACAGAGAUAUCACUAAUGGAAAAACUGUACAUGAUGAAGAAGCUGUUGGUGGCAAGACUCCUAAUGGUCAUCCCCCUGUUGACUUGCUGGAAAAUGGAUAUACUGUCAUUCUUGAAACAGCACAAACAAGGGCUUCAGUUCUUCCUCUUCAGGUUUCCCUUGAUGACUCAGGGGCAUUGGAAAAUGACGAAGCUUUAAGCAGAACUGUUGCCAAUGUAGUUGAUGUUGUUUCAAAAAAGAAUGAUAAGCGAAUGAAGAAAAAGGCAAAGGAAGAAAGAGAGAUGGAGAUUGCUGCUUCUGAGAAGAGGUAUUUGGAGAAGGAUACACCAAAGACUGUGGACGAAUUUGAGAAACUGGUGAGGAGCUCGCCCAAUAGCAGUUUUGUGUGGAUAAAAUACAUGGCCUUUAUGCUGUCUCUUGCAGAUGUUCAUAAGGCACGUGAGAUUGCUGAAAGGGCUUUAAGAACUAUCAACAUACGAGAUGAAGGGGAGAAGCUUAAUGUGUGGAUUGCGUAUUUCAAUCUAGAAAAUGAAUAUGGAAACCCCCCAGAGGAAUCUGUGAAGAAGACCUUCCAAAGAGCAUUGCAGUAUUGUGAUCCCAAGAAAUUGCAUCUAGCUCUGCUUGGCAUGUAUGAAAGGACUGCUCAGCCAAAGCUGGCAAAUGAACUUCUUGAAAAAAUGGUCAAAAAGUUCAAGAACUCAUGCAAGGUUUGGAUACACUACGUUCAAUGCUUAUUGAAGCAGCAAAAUGAUGGAGUCCAAUCCAUUGUAAACCGCGCUCUUCUAAGUCUGCCACGGAACAAGCAUAUCAAAUUUAUAACACAGACUGCGAUCUUAGAAUUCAAAUGUGGUUUGCCUGACAGAGGUCGAUCCUUGUUCGAAGGUGUACUGCGGGAGUAUCCCAAGCGGAUAGAUCUUUGGAGUGUCUACCUUGACCAGGAAAUACGCCUCGGUGAUUCAGAAGUGAUCAGGUCAUUGUUUGAAAGAGCGACUUCUUUAAACCUUCCGCCAAAAAGAAUGAAGACUUUAUUCAAGAAAUAUCUAGAAUAUGAAAUGGCUCAUGGCGAUGACGAGAGAAUUGAGCAUGUAAAGAGGAAAGCAUUGGAAGCCUGAAAUUGAGAUUCCGGUCUUCUUUCACUAGUUGAGAUCGAAGACAUCAAAAGAUUCCAGGGUUUGUUCCAGACUCGAACAUAAUUUUAUUAACUUAUUUUCUUGAUCCUAGCAAGAGAAGUUUUGUUCUUAGGUUUUAUAAUCCCAACCUCGCGUCCUGCUGCAAUACAAAGAUCUUGAGUUGAGUGUGAUUUGGCGGCCUUGUUAAUGUAAUGUGUUAUACUUCUAUUUUGUAGUUGUAUUAAUUAUAGAAAAAAGUAGCAUUUAUUUUUAACCAAGCUCAAAAAUCUCAAACAAACUUGAGCCUUUGAAUGAUUAUGUUAUUAAGUUGCAGACUCCAA